CGUGAGAAUAGCUCAACAUACGGAGAAAACAAAAUAUUUACUUAUUAAGUGAAAUGACAUGAAAUCACUGCAGGUAUUAUUAGAGAAGGAAGGGACAGCCCACCACUAUCUGCUAUAAAUAUUCUAAGUAGACCUCCCAUCCCCAGUAAAGGUUUCAAGUUAUAUGUCAAGGGCUAAACUGAAAGUAGCAAUAUAUUGCAGUUGUUUGUCCUGUGUUUGCAGUGGAACUGGCUCAUCAUCUGUCGACUGCCACUUGUAUUUUCUAUAUUUAGCUGCAUUUUUGUUUUCUGCUGAUUUUCACUGGCAAUUGCUGGUUUAACUGCAUCCAGGAACAAAACUUCUGAACAGAGGGAGAUCAAACUGGAAAGUUGAUUAAUGUGACAAACAUGGACAAGGCAAGUGAGAAAUGGAGAUGUGAAAACUCCGCUGCGAUGGCUGCCCCGAGCCGGACGGCCAUCCCCCAAACCACCACCGGCGUUCGUCUUCGGUACAUUUACGAUCCCAAACCUCAAUCACCCAAGGUCCCGGUUCUGAUCCGUCCUCCAGGCCCGAGACCUCCCUCGGUAAAACAGGACUCAAAACUCAGCUUGUCCGGCGAUCCUCCAACCAAAACAAUGAUGAGGAGACGAGCUCAGUCGCUUUCUUCACCUGCGGAGAGGAGGAGAGCGCUCAGGAGCCAGCAGGUUCGCUUUGUGGACUCGCUGGGCCUUGAUUUAGAGGAAGUAAAAGUGUUUGAAGUUAAAGAACGGCCCCUGAUACCCCAACAUGUUAUUUUCAGACUACUGAUGAGCUCUGAGAGAGCCUUCGGGAAAUCUUUGGAGCUGUCCCUGCCUCACUUUAAACCCUGUUUCCCUGAGAAUAUGGGAGCUCAGCCCGACUUCCUGAAGCGUGUGCGCGCACAGGCCGUGUGUCUGGAGCAGGUUGUGUGCUCAGAGCUGGGGAUAGUAGGCACCAUACAAGUACUUAAUUUAGACUAUGAGAAAAAGGUCACAGUGCACUACUCUUUUACCAACUGGAGAACAUCCACGGAUACAACGGCAUCCUGGGUGUCAAGCGGGGCCCAGGGAGAAUAUGACGCUCCGGGGACAGACGUCUUCCGAUUUCGUCUGCCGGUGCCGCCUUUCAUUUUGCAGCCAGGAGCUUUAUUGGAAUUCGCCAUCUGCUAUCAUGCCAAAGGUUCUAAUUAUUGGGACAACAACAGUGGGUGCAAUUACAAACUGACUUGUCACAGCUACAAGGUGACUGUUCCGAGGGAAUGUGAGGAUAGUAUGCUGCAUUUUACCUAAGUGACCACAUAAAGGCGCUAUUGCAUUGGCGCAGCUAUCGUAUAGCAGCUAUUGCCACUCUUUCAUUGACAAUAUUGCAAACGCUGCUGUGAUACAAUCAAUUGCAUUUGCUCAAAUACUAUUGACACACAGCGUCUGUGGUAAAAAAGCACUUAGAUUAACUGCACUGAAGUGCCUGGCAUGCUACAGCCUUUGGCUGAAUUUGUAACUGACAUGCUUUAUACCAGACAUAUCAUUAAUAAUGCUAACUGUUAAAUGCUAAUUCUAACUAUAAAUUAGUGGCUCUAAACUAAAGGGAAAAAAAUGCCCUAUUUGAGUACGAAGGUAAUCACAAAGAUAAUGUAUGUGAUGGGAAACAGAUACAAUGUGUUACAUGUGGAUGGUAAGCCUAUUUUAUUCUUUUUUUUUAAAUAUAUAUAUAUAUAUAUAUAAUAUUGAAAAUGCAAGACAAAUUUGUCAUGAGAUCUCAUCGCUUCAUCACUAAAUUAGAUUGGUACGACAAUGUGACACGAUGAUAUUAAAAGCAUUAAAAAUCACAUCAAACUUGUGUCCAGUUACACAAUAUAAUGAGCUUCAUUGAUUGAUCUUAUUGAGACAUGCGGAGUCAAUAUUUGUUGAAUAUGGCUAUUUGGCUGACAUCCGGAUGUAUGUGGUGAGCACAUUUGUCUUAAACUCAAGAGAUUCUGGGUCUGAAUCCUGCGUGGAGUGUGAAUGUUCUCUCCGUGCUUGUGUAGAUUUUCUCUCAUUUCUCCUGCUUCAUCAUACAUUCCAAGAACAUGCAAGCUUGUUUAAUUCAAGACUCUAAUUGUCCAAAGGUGUGAAUGUGAGUGUUAAUGAUUGUUUGCCUACACAAGAGAGUCGAAAUAUUAGUUACUUCACUACAUGGAAAGGAGUGCAUCCAGGAACACCUGGGCUAAGUAUACUUGAAGCAAACCUGUUGUUUGCCAUAGUAUGUGUUAUGCAGCUCAAAUACUAUACAGAUUUUAAGGAAUCUGCCAGACUCAAGUUAUUUGCUGGUGGAGUUGCAUUUCACAUGUUUAAUUAGUUUGAAUAACUGAAGCUUGGCUCCUCCUACUCAUCAUCCUUCUAUCAAUAUACUCACUA